AUGUCACCCCUGCGGCGUCUAGCGGCAACUCGUGCAUGCGAUCCGUGCCAACGUCGAAAGGUCAAAUGCGAUACACUGGAGAUUUGUGCAAAUUGCCGAACAUCUGGGCUUGCCUGCCACUAUACAACUGUCCCCAAAAAGCGGGGACCCAAAAGGGUCCAGAAGUCAUCCUUAGAACGACCAAAUGCAACGCCUGCAUUGGACAACAAUGUUCUGGAUUCUUUGUGGGUGAAUCCAAUGCCGACGGGGAAUACAGUGGUUUCACACCCUGGAGAUCUAGGAAACAUGACAUCGCCAACAUUGGUUGGAAUGGAGCAGACCUCUGCAUCUCUGUCCGCACAGGCCAUUAGGGACCGCUUAUUGGAUUUGAUGAGCUUUGUGUCAGCCUCAUUGGUGCCAUUUGACAUUGUGGACCGCUGCAUCUAUCUCUACAUGCAAUACACCUUUCCCACUGCUCCGAUCGUGCAUGAGCCCACUCUGCGGGAAUACGCAGCCACCUUCUUUUCUGGCGCCAACACGAGGCUAUUCGCCGCACUUACAACUGGAGAGGAGGUGGCGCAUAUGCGGGCUUUUGCUCUUCUCAGUGGAUUAUGUGCGUCAGUCGCAUCGGUAAUCCCAAACUCACUAUUGCCGUAUCGGCAUUUGAUCGCGAAGCCGUGUCUUGAUGCAUCACGCGGAAUGCUGAAAGUGUUUGAGGACUACGAUGUGGAGAACCCGGAUUCAUCUUCAAUUGUCACGCGAAUUUUUCAUACCACCGCCUCGCAGAAUAUUACCGGCAAAACAAGGUUAACGUAUCAUAUUCUUGGUCAAGCGGCGCUGCUCAUCACAAACAUGCGUCUCUACAGGGAAGACGCCCUUCAGUCUCACGAUCCCCUUGAGUGCCAAUUACUACGCCAUAUAUACUGGCAAAUAUAUGCAGCGGAUCAGGCAUCGUUGUGCAUUCGCAGUCGCCCCUUUCAUCUACAUGAACUGCUGUAUAACGAAGAAGCGACAAUAUGCACCCCUGGGAGAAAACCAAUAAUUUCUCAAUUUGAUACUACCGCAGCGUGGAGUGAUGUGAUGUUCGAGGAGCGCAUGCUGUUUUCCUUCCAUCUUAUUCCUCGUCUUUGGUCGACGGCGGCCGCGUUAUUGCUCGAUAUGAGAAAGUGCAAAGCUCAGGUAAAUGACGCCGAAAAAUCACGAUUGUCAAAAGCAUACAUGGAAUUUUUAGGAAUCAUGGACAACCUUCCAUAUUGGCUACAGGCUUCUCAUGUAAUAUUUUCUCGUAACGACGGGGAUGGAGCGCAGUUCCAGAAGACAGCCUUUUGGGUUCAAAGAUGUACGAUUCAGGUAUCAUUCCAGUGUCUACGACUACUCAUUCUACAACAAUGCCUUGAUUCCGAAUUAUGCGAUAUCAUGGGCUUGAACAACCAGCCUAUCACCUUCCAAAUGACAAAGGUUGGGAUAAUUCAGGACUUUGUCCAAACUCUGGAUGAUAUACCAUUUGUCUUUUUAUUGGUGAAAGGGGAGCCAACGGUCGAGAGAAUUCGUCUAGUAGGCAGUAUGCUUCUCGAGGUGCUUGACCAAGUGGAGGAUGGGCAUAUCCGAGUACGAGCCAAUCAUUUAUUUACACGGCUUCUGGAUAUACUUUCCAGGCUCGAUUCAAAGUCAUCAGAUGUCUUGGUCGAAAUGAGGGAACUGGGCGAGAAAACAGCUGAGUCGCGGCGGGAGGAAGCUCUCGGGUGA